UCAAGAUAUUAUUAUGUUUCUUGUGCUCCUGAUAAUUCAUUAUGGAUCAUAGGACCCGAUAGUUAUGUUUAUUUAUAUGUUAAUUAUUUUAUACGUGUUCCCGUAGCAGAAAUUGUAUUUAAGCAAAUUAAGGCUCUACAUGAAAAAUACGUAAUUGGGAUUGAUUACUAUGAUAAUUUAUGGGAAUAUAAUAGCGGAACUUGGAUUCAGAUUAGAAAUACUUCAUAAUUUCAAAGAUAUUAUACCAUUUUUUACCUUUAUAACAUGGAUUUUUUUUGAAAUAAUGACAGAUACAGGUGAUUGUGAUGGACAAGAUAUUUGGUUUUUGACAGAAGAGAAUGAACUUUUUCAUUGGUAUCCGGUCCUAGAAACUUUGAUAUUUAAAGAAUCUGACGUAUUAGAUUUCUCUAUUGGAGAAGGUGGAAUUGUUGCUAUUAUUAAAAAAGAUAAUGAAGUAUAUACCAGAACUAUUAAUGCUAAUGAAUGGGAACGAGUUAGUUACUAUGAAAAUUUUGAACAUAAAAAUAUCUCCGUUUGUAAUAUUCUUGAGAUCUAUACUAUAGAUUCUCAUAAUCAUCUCAUCAAAGUUGAUUGUUUAAAUAAUCAUUACUACGUCUCUUGUCCUUUUCGACAUGAUGUCCUUAUGGAUUAUAUUUAUAGUCAUUUGUGGACUAUAGUAUUGCUAUAUCAGAAUCUUCAUUUAAGCAAAUUAAAGUUCUACGUAGUCGAUACUUAAUUGGAAUUGAUAUGAAUGAUAACUUAUGGAAAUAUCAUUAUGGAAAUUGGAUUUUUGUUAGGAGAUUAAAAAUGAAAAGUCGAAAGCUUUGUAAAUAUGUAUCAUAUUACGAUAAAUAAAUAGAUAGAUAUGUAUGGGCGUGUAAUAUU